AAGGGCCCGGAGCCCGCCCCUUCCCCGCCACCGACACCUCCAUCGCCCCCCCGCCCCGGGAAGCGGCGUCUGCUGCGGGCAGGUGCCCCCCCCCCCUACGCCGCGGGCUUCCCCCGCAGUGCCCGGGCGCCGGGCUGUCCACGCCUUGGCCCGGCCCGGGCAGGUCCCGGCGGUGCGGGGCAGCAGGACGUGCUGAGGCGGGUCGCUUCCUCCUCCUCCUCCUCCUCCUCCUCCCCGCCCAGCCCCGGUGCGGGGUCCGCUGCGCCCGGCCCGGCCCGCGGGGGCAGCGCUGAGGGGUCCCAGGGGGGCACCAGCGCGGCGGGGGAGCCGUGGGGCAGGGACUGUGCGUGGCACCCGCGUGGGGCUGGGGCAGGGGCAGGCCCAUGCACUGCGGCCGGUCGGGUGCAGUGACCCCCCCCUCCCCGCAGCUCCCAGGACAGGGAAUCCUGGGAGCUGUCCGCACGUGCAGGUGCCCCGGACCCCAGGGAGGUGAGGAGCGGUGGGUCUCCCCUUCCCCGUGGCAGGAGGGCCCGUCCCCCAGUGUAGAAAUCUCUCUGCCAGAGCUGCUCGGCGGGUUUGUGCUCCGACACGUCCGUGGCUGUUGUUCUCCAGGUGCCCCGGCAGCAUUUCACAUGUCCGUGCUGUGCGUUUCCCCGCUUCCCCCCCUGAAAAUGUGGAUGUGACACAGCGCCAGCAUCGCGGCAGCUUCUCCCCCGGGAGCGAUGUCCCUGCCAGCUCGGACGCGGCGCUGCGAUCUCCACCGGCGCUGGGCUCAUCUCCAGCCUCGUGCCUGUGGAGGUGCCGGGACCCUGAGCAGAGCGGAUCAGCAGCCUCCAGAGGAAGGGCCUGUGAACCUGGAGCCGCAGAGACCCUCCCCAGGGACACGGGGACAGAGCAGCUCCCUGACGCCUGGACCGGGCCAGCUGCAGGAGGGGCAGGGCAGGCCGGCGAAGCAGGGGCAGAGCAUGGAGCUCCAGGAGGUGUUUGAGGCCGUGGCAGUGUAUUUCACACGGGAGGAGUGGGAGCUGCUGGAAGAGGAAGACAAGGGGCUUUACCGGGACCAGAUGCUGAGGAACUACCAAGCCCUCGUUUCCCUGGGAUAUCGAGGUCCCACACCUGACUUAAUCUGCUGCAUCCAGCGAGGAGAGGUGGAGCUCUGCAUCUGUGAUGAUGAGGACCGUGGGGCAGUCUCGAGGUCGGAGGACGUGCUGCCAGGAGGUGCCCUGCUCAACAACCAGGCUCAGGAACUGACUCCUGGGGAAGGGCCUGCAAAUAUGGAGCCAUUGUGGGCUUCCCGAAGAAGUGUGAGUGAGAUGGGCUCCCUAAGACCUGUAAAGCACCAAUGGCACAUGGGUCAGGAGAGGCCCCAAAAGAAGAAAGAGAAUAUAGCAGUGAACCAGGUCCCAUCUCCAGUUGCUUGUGAGAAGGAAGAAGGGAAAGAAGCCAGAAAAACCUCAGGGUUUAGGGAAGAACUUGUGGUGCUGAGAGACCUGAAGAGGCACAAGGGAAAGGUCCACAAAAGAGAGAGACUGCAUGCAAAGCAAGGCAGUGUAGGAGGCCUCAGAGGGAAGCAUAAGCUCACCACCAAGCCCAGGGGGAGAGCCCACCCCUGCCCUCAGUGCAGGAAAAGCUUUAGCUGCCCCUCACGCCUGGCUCUGCACAAGAUAAGGCACGCUGGGGAGAAGCCCCGUGUACGCGCCACGCGUGGGAAGAGCUUCACCUGCCUCUCGACCCUGGCUGCUCACCACCAGGUCCAUUCUGGACAGCUCCCCCACCGCUUCACCAAAACGGGGAAGAGCUUUGUGUGGAGCUCGGAGCUAGCGAAGAACCAACACGUGCACAGGAAGAAGUGUCAGUACUGCUGUGUCACAUGUGGUAAGACCUUCACCCAUUUCUUCUCCCUGGUUCAUCACCGGCGCAUGCACUUGGGGAGGAAGACGCACCGCUGCAAUGAGUGCAGGAAGAAAUUCAUCAGCUGGCAAGGCCUGUCCCAGCACCAGUGUGUGUGGAGGAGGCAGCAGUCACACUACUGCACAAAGUGUGGGAAGAGCUUCAGGCAGCCCUCCAGCCUGGCCAAGCACAGGUGCAUGCACACACAGGAGAAGCCACAUCAGUGGUCUGAGUGUGGGAAGAGCUGUACCCGUUCCCCCACUGUAGCCAAAGGUCAGCUCAUGCCUGCAGAGGAGAAGCCACAUCAGUGCUCUGAGUGUGAGAAGAGCUUCAGCAAAUCCUCCAGCCUGGCCAAUCACCAGCGCAUCCACACAGGGAAGAAGCUAAAUCAGUGCUCUGUGUGUGGGAAGAGCUUCACCCGCUCCUCCAGCCUGGCCGAACACCAUCACAUCCACACAGGGAAGAAGCCACAUCAGUGCUCUGUGUGUGGGAAGAGCUUCACCUACCCUUCUCGCCUGGCCCGGCACCAGCGCAUCCACACAGGGGAGAAGCCACAUAAGUGCUCUUUGUGUGGCAAGAGUUUCAGCAAAUCCUAUGGCUUGGCCCAGCACCAGCGCAUCCACUACGCAGUAGAGAAGCCACAUCAGUGCUCUGUGUGUGGGAAGAGCUUCAGCCAAUCCUCCUCCCUGACCAAGCACCAGCGCAUCCACACAGGGGAGAAGCCAUAUCAGUGCUCUGAGUGCGGGAAAAGCUUUACCUAUGCCUCCAGCCUGACCCAGCACCAACACAUCCACCACACAGGGAAGAAGCCCCAUCACUGCUCUGAGUGCGGGAGGAGCUUCAGCUACUUUUCCUAUCUGACCCGGCACCGGCUUAUCCACGCAGGAGAGAAACCGCACCGGUGCACUGAGUGCGGGAAGAGCUUCACCUGCUCUUCUCACCUGGCUCGGCACCAGCUGAUCCACACCGGGGAGAAGCCACAUCAGUGCUCUGAGUGUGGGAAGAGCUUCGCCCGAUCCUCCGGUCUGGCCCAGCACCAGCUGAUCCACAAAGGAGACAAGCCAUAUAAUUGUUCUGAGUGUGGGAAGAGUUUCACCUACUCCUCUAACCUGGCCCGGCACCAGCUUAUUCACACCGGGGAGAAGCCAUAUCAGUGCUCUGUGUGUGGGAAGAGCUUUGCCCGCUCCUCCCACCUGGACAAGCACCACUGUAUCCAUGAGGAAGAGAAGCCACAUCAUUGCUCUGAAUGUGGGAAGAGCUUCACCUCCUCCUAUAGCCUGACCCGGCACCAGCUUAUCCACACAGGAGAGAAACCGUAUCAAUGCUCUGAGUGUGGGAAGAGCUUCACAUAUUCCUCCAACCUGGCCGAGCACCAGUUCAUCCACACGAGGGAGAAACCCCAUCAGUGCUCUGAGUGUGGUAAGAGAUUUAUCCGCUUCUCCAUCCUGGCUGAGCACCUGUGUGUCCACACAGGGGAGAAGCCACAUCGGUGCUCUGAAUGUGGGAAGAGCUUCACCUACUUCUCCAGCCUGACUGAGCACCAGCGAAUCCACAUGGUGGAAAAGGUACAUCGGUGCUCUGAGUGUGGGAAGAGCUUCACCCGGUCCUCCCACCUAUCCCGGCAUCAGCGCGUCCACACCCGGAAGCAUUCAUAAUUUUGCUCACAAUGCAAGAAGGGUUUGGGGAUGUCUACCUGCUCAGCACCUACCAGCAGGUGCAUUUUGGCAAGCACCUUCAUGCUGGUGGACUGCAGAAAGAGUUCCCCCAGGCUUCGUCCCUUGUAGGGGUCAGCAGAAGCCCAGGGCCAGAGGCUGGCCCCCCAAGGUUUGAUUGUGGGGAGGGGCUUAGAGGAAACGCCUCAGGCAGGUCAGUCCAUACGCUGGGGGAAGAGAUGAGAUGACCUUUGCAGUAGCCAUGAAGCUUGUGCAUUCCCCAUCGUUCUCUAAAAGCUGUUAGUACUCCCAGGGAAAACAGUGCCUUUACCAUAGGGUGCUCUCCUCAGACAGCUGGCUGCAGAUGAUACCCAGGGACUGUCCUUGGCCACCUCCCAGUUUUGUCCUCCCUCCUGGUCCCAGGAUUCUGGUAUCUGAUGCUCUUGAGUAGCAGGAAGGGGGACAUUUAUGGCUGUGGAGGCAUUCCCUGCCAUCCCCUCUGACCUUCCCUUUCCUCACCACCACAUCACCCCUCUCCCAGCCCUGCCCAUGCCCAGUGAGGUCUGCAAGGAGCUGCUACUGCCACCGCUGGAGCCUUUUUGGCCUGUUCUCCUUUUCAGCCUCUCUAGAGCUGUGCACCACGAGGUGCCUGCUGCGCCUGUCCCCUCCCUCCCUUCACUGCUUUCUCAGUAAAGCAUUUUGUGUUAUGAAAGCCCCGGAACUGGACACGGUACCCUGUGGUUGGUCUUUGUCCUCUCCCAAGCUGUGCGAUGGGAACAGACCUCCCUUUCCAAGGCAGAUUUCUCUGUGACAUCCCGGCCCCUUCUCUUUCCAGACCAUUCACAGCAAUGUGGAGCUUAUUUGUACCCUCGGGAGCAGAAGUUUCUCCAAUUCAAGGCCUCACUCCCUUGUCUUCCUGUGCAGCAAGGACCCUGCCUGUUUGAAGGAACCUCUGGGCCAAUAGAUCAGGGGUUCGGACUUGAUGAUGUAUUGAGGUCCCUUCCGACCCUAACAUCUAUGAAUCUAUGGAAGCAGUGGAGUCCCUUUUCUGAGCGCAGUGGGGUAACGGGUGAAGGAGGUGCAGCCGGUGGCAGGUCCUACCUCCCCUCUGGAAGGGUGAGGAAAGUAUGAAGACAUCCUCUGGGUGAAAUGCAGCACAAUGUAAUCUCUCAUUGGGAAUACUGAGGCCUUCCUGCUCAUGUGAUAGCUGUUUGGCUCAAGGAUGGUCCUGGGGAUGCCUCUCCAGCUGUGCAGCUGCCUGCGGGACCCCUGCAACCCCCAAUAUACUGGUCCCAGGCAGGGAGAGUCCAGCCCUAGGUGGGAAGGGUGCAGAGAGGGAGACUCCCCCUAACUGGGAGCCCCUCAGCUGCUCCAGUGCAUAGAAACAAGGGGAGCGUGUUUAGACAGAAGUAUCUGGGCUGCACCCUGAUACAUCUGAACACGCACCCUGCAGGUCUCCCACUGAGAGAGGUGCCCAGGGCUGCCCCCAGCCCAGGCAGGAAGCAGUGGCAGCAUGAGCCAGAGACCCCAGCCCCAGGUCCUGGUCGGGCAGAGAUCAGAGACAGCAGCCCACCAAGCACAGCCUUUGCACUGGAGGCAGCUGCAGGACUCUGGGACCGGAGCAGGACACGAGACCUCCGAGCUGGCCCUGGCCAUGAGCAGAGGCAGCAGUGGGGAGCAAAGUCUUCGCCGGAGGGGCUAGAACAGGGCAGGGGGAGGCUGCUCAAGGGGCUGUUGUUGCCACCGCCCCUGGGGAAGUGAAUGCCCCAUAUGGUGCCAUCCUUGGUGGCUCUGGCAUCACUGUUACAGGGGGGUGUUACCGUUGAGCCACCCUGCCCGAGACUUCAGACUGCUUAUGGGCAGGAAAUGCCAAUGACCCAUAUCCAGUGUGCUGAAUUUUGCCAAUGCCUUUUAAGUUUGAAUUUCCUCUGAAUAUUUUCUGACGGAAAUGUGAAAAGGGAAAACUGGUAGUAAAAAAAAUGGUUUCAAAUUUUAAAAAAGACAAAAACAAAUGGCUUUUUGGUUUAAAACCAAAGAUUGCAACAUGAGUAAACAUGGUGUUUCAGUGAAGAGCUAAACUUCAAAAAACAUACCACCCAAGUGAAUAAAUUAGCCUAGAUCUUUUAUUUUGGUUCCAAAGUGAAAACAUUUACUUGGAAAUAUCGCAGCUUUAUUACUUAACCUCAAUGCACUUUUUUUCCCUCUCUAAAUGACACCUCCUUCCCUAGAAAAGAAGGGGCAGCUAUGAGCUGUAAAUAGUAGGUGUUUAGGGGCACUUGUACAUGUGACACAGCUUAAUCCUCAUGAAUUAAAUACAUUUCUUAACUUUAAAAUGACUUGUUUUAAAUUGAUGCAUCAGCGUUUACAGGUGAUAGCCUUUCAAUUGAACUAAGCUCAGUGUACUACUCACAUUAAAUUACGAAGCACGUAACAGUCCA